UUGCCUAUUAACAGACUGUUCAACGAAUUUAGAAUUAAAAAGUGCAAACUACAGCGGACAGUGUAAUCCAGACGAAGUAGUACCGGUUUGCGUGGAAUGCUUUUGUCUCCAAAACGGUUCGACCGAUGGAAAAUACUGCUCAAGAGCUUGUAAUUAUCAGAGUAAAUUUAAAGUCUUGGAGAGAGUUUUAACAGAAAGUAUACAAACGCAAAACCUUAUAAAGAAAUCGGAUUUAAAAAUAAUACCAUCACAAUCUUGCAAACCCAAUUCUGUAUAUUUUGAUGAAGGCAAAUACUGUAUUUGUUCUACGUCUGCUACAAAUCUUAAACUAUGCAAAUCAUUUAAUGAUACGAAACCAUUCAGAACAUUACCAGAAAAUCAAAUUAAUUACAAUGUCAACAUGCCAUGUCAGCCUAAUACGUUUGUAGACUUCGAUUGUAAUUCGUGCUAUUGUUCUAAGAAAGGUAAAAUUGAUCCGAAAUGGUGCACUUAUGAUGAUUGCAAUGCCAAAAGAUCGAUUCAAGAAUCACACAAACGACCAAAUCUAUUCACGGCCGAUACUUUGUCGGAAGCGUGCACACCAGGAUCGAUUUCUAAAGACAAAUGCAACUUCUGCAUUUGUCCUGAAAGCGGUUUAUCAAAAGAGAAAGCUUGCACUAAAAAUUAUUGUUCUGAUACAGCCAAUAAUCAAAAUAAUGUCAAAUUUACCUGCGAACCUUUAGCUUACUAUGAAGUGGACUGCAACGUUUGCUACUGUCCAAGCGAUGGACUCAAAAAUGUAGCGAAAUGCACCAAAAAUAUAUGCGAGAAAAGUUACCUACGUUCAGACAGCUGUUCCUCUGGACAACUCUUCAGUGAAAUGUGCAAUGUUUGUCUCUGUCCACCAAAUGGAAAUAAAAAUGAUAGAGUGUGUACAAACCACACAUGUCCUGAGGUAGCAUCGUGGCCUAGUUUUGAAUUAUCUGAAAAUCUUCUAGAGGACAGAUUCACUAGCGAUACUAAAAGAAGUCUCGAUUUGUGUUUUCCUGGUGAACAAUAUAUAGACGGAUGUAAGCAAUGUGUAUGUCCCGAGAUGGGAUUGAAAAUGUAUGCUGAAUGUGAUGCUUCGCAAUGUACUGAUAAAAAUCAAAUGCAAUCUGUUACAGAACAACAACAUAAAAGAGGAGGUCGACAUUUUCGAAUCCGUCGUGACAUGCCGUGUCAUCAUUACAACCAAACGGAGCCUCAGAAAGAGUGUACUCCUGGAUCCAUGUAUAUUAUCAAAUGCCAAAUGUGUAUCUGCCCAUAUAUGGGCAGUAUAAUGCAUUUUUGUCGACCACUCAAGAACAUGUACUGCGAACAGCCAUUCCCCAAUGUGUUUUACGAACCUAUGGGACGGCGGCAUACUAAUGAUAGUUCAGAAGUCAAUACCGGAGAAACAACUACGAUGGAGUCAAGUCAUCAACACACCAAGUAUCAAUGUGACAAAGUGGGUCAUAUAAUGGAUUCAUGUUACAUCUGCGAAUGUGAGGAGAAUCAUCAGUUAAUUGAAGAAAACUGCUUCAAAAAUCAAGGUGAUAACUGUACCGACAUUCGACCAUCAUUCUUAAUUGGCAAUAAAGCGGUUAUAUUGUAA